AUGAGUCUGAGAGGGCAGUGCACCGUAAUCAAAGUAUUACAGAAUGGAUUCUUUUGGACUACAUUGUUCAAGGAUGCAGCUGAUGCCAACGCACAGACAGCCUAUGAGGGAUCCAUCAGGGUUGCUUUGGAGGAGGUGGAAGCGAAGAAGCUGCCUGAAACGGCUGAGGAGAAGAAGAAGAACAACAACAACAAGGAGAAGAGGGCAGAAGGAGAUGAAGAAGCCCAGCCAAGGAAGGAGGAGAAAGAAAUAAAAUCGAGUGAGAAGAGGGAACACAGACAAGAAGAGAAGCGCUUGAAGAAGAAGGAAGAGAAGAGAAAAAGGGCUGAGAGCCCAAAAGUCGAUGGAAAAUCAACCACCACAAGGGUGGAUGAGGGGGUGUCAACGCAACAAAGAGAAUCAGCGCAACCUGAAGAGGAAUCAACGCAAAUAAGAACGGUUGCGACUGGCGAUGGAGAGGAUCCAGACAUCACCCCUCUUAUGCGGCGUCGCAAGGAGAAUACGCUGCAAGGGUCAACAAUCGACCUACCAAUUUUGCAAAGUGUAGUAAAAGAGAAGGAGAGAAGAAGAAGAGAGGAAGAAGAAAAACAAGAGAAGAUGUUGCAGGCACAACAAAUCAUCGCAGAAGGCGAUUUAAGAAGAAAAUUACACGAUGAAGAAGUGCGCCACAACAACGCAAUCUCGGCAGAAGAAGAAAGAAUAAGGCUCGAGGAAGAACAACACAUACUGUAG